ACUACCUAUUCUACACCAAGCGAUUGGCUAUAUACACCGUGACUUUAAGCUAUAAAUAGUAAGUAAAUUAUUAGGUCAUGAAAGAGAUAAGUACAGCUUCCUGCUCAGUACUGUCAACUACGAACUCCUGUUCAAUUUUGAUUCUUUAUCUGAUUCUAUUUAUUGGGACACAGCAUUUUUUGCUGGUGUCCUAGAUCUUACUUUUAAAUGCCUUGAUCAAAAACCAAUACAGUUUUUUUCUAAUGCAGUGAUUAAUCUAUCGUUAAUCAUUACUUUAACUAUUUACGCUUUUGAAGCCACUGAACAAAUGCACUUCCUCCUUCGACUUAGAACUCUGGGAGCGACAGCGCUCAUUUCACAAGGCUAUAUCAUCAGAAAUUUGGUAGUGGUGGAGCUCUAUCCAGCUGCUGUAAGGAAUACUGGUUUUUCAUUUGCGGGGUUGAUUGGUAAACUUAGGUCGAUGGUUGCUCCUCAAAUAUUCUUAAUAUCUGAAAUAGCAAUUAGUCGAAUUUGGCCAGCACUAUCACACCUGUUGAUGAUUGUAAUGGCCUUCGUAGGACUCUUUGAAUUUCAGUUCCUCAUUCCAGAAACCAAACAUGCUACUAUAACAGAUCAUCUUCCAAGAAAAGAUAUAAAGUGAAG